AUGGCAGUUUUUAUCCUGUGUGGUGUGGAAGAACUAGUUUUUCUACCAUUUGGCUACCCGUUGCUGGCUGACACAGGCUAUGCACUGGAGAAGAAAGUGGUCAAAAGCAAAGUGGGAGAAAAAGUUGGCUUGCCUUGUUGUCAUGAAAUUCCCAGCUCGGAAAGCCUACAUAGUUACCGGGUCUACUGGCAGAAGAACACUACAGAGGUAGUGCUUGCCUACGCAGAGGGGAAGAUGAUCUCCAAGCACAAGCAGUACGUGAACCGGACAGAGAUGGAUGCCAGGAACCUCACCCUGUGGAUCUCCCCGGUGGAAAUCCUGGACAAUGGCUCUUACCAGUGUAUAGUUCAGCACCGCAGACUUUCGCAGAACUCAGUUGUUGUGUGUGAUGAGUCUGUCACCCUCUUUGUUACAGCUGACUUCAGUAAGCCGAACAUAACAGCGGAAGUAUUGGCUGAUUCCUGUGAAUCAACUGAGAUGGUGGUAAGAUGUUCCUCUUAUGGAGGUUUCCCCAAACCCAAACUCUCUGGAGCUCUCGACAACGAGUCCACGGCGUGGAAUGCCAGCUGGGUAUCCGAGUCCAGCCUCAGAGCGUACAACGUCACUGGCAAACUGUGGCUCAAUGUGACCAAAGACAUCAGCUUCACUUGCUCCGUGGAAUACAAUGGCUUUGCCGAGUCCACCAGUUUGCUUCUGAGAAAAACAAAGGAGUGCGUUGUCCCUACUGUGCCUCCAUCUUAUAAUGUCAUUACUGCUUCAAGUAUCAUCAUAAUCACCUUCCUUUUGGCUAUCACCCUUGCAGCACGAUACCUCCCAAGGCAUGUCUGUUCUCACUGUUGUAAGCCUCAGGAUUCAGUGGAAGAGGGUGUGAAAGAAUGUAUGAAGCCACCUGUGAGCUCUAAAGUGACAUCUGAAACAUCAUCUGUAUGACCAGAUUGCAUUUGCAGGUAGUUUUC